AUGUUGUCUUUCACAACCAAGAAUAGUUUCCGCUUAUUACUUUUAAUACUGUCAUGCAUAUCGACGAUACGCGCACAAUUUUUCGUGCAAUCAUCAUCUUCGAAUUCUUCAGCAGUAUCUACUGCACGUUCUUCCGUAAGUAGAGUUAGUUCUUCAAGUUCCAUUUUGUCAUCCAGUAUGGUUUCUUCCUCAAGUGCUGACUCAUCUUCCCUUACUUCAUCGACAUCAAGUAGGUCCCUCGUGUCACAUACGAGUUCGUCUACCAGCAUUGCCUCCAUAUCGUUCACAUCAUUCAGUUUCUCAUCAGAUUCAAGCACCAGCAGCUCUUCCUCUGCUUCUUCAGAUUCUUCAUCCUCCUCAUCCUUUUCCAUCUCUUCGACAUCCGCAACUUCUGAAUCAUCGACGUCUUCUACGCAAACGUCAACAUCAUCUUCAUCCUCACUGUCGUCAACGCCGUCCUCUUCAUCAUCCCCAUCAACAAUCACUUCUGCACCUUCAACCUCCUCCACACCAUCCACUACUGCCUAUAAUCAAGGAAGCACUAUCACCAGUAUUAUUAACGGUAAGACGAUUCUCUCAAAUCAUUAUACUACCGUUACGUACACACCAUCAGCAACCGCUGAUUCAAGCAAUAAAUCCAAAAGUUCGGGUCUUUCUAAAAAAAAUAGAAACAUCGUCAUUGGUUGUGUGGUUGGUAUUGGUGUACCACUGAUUCUGGUGAUACUGGCUUUAAUUUACAUGUUUUGUAUCCAAUCAUCAAGGACGGACUUUAUUGACUCAGAUGGUAAGGUCGUUACGGCAUAUAGAGCUAACAAAUUUACGAAAUGGUGGUAUAUGCUUUUGGGUAAGAAAGUUAGUGAUGAAUACCACUCCGAUUCACCAUUAGGUGGUAGUGCAUCGUCCGCAGGUGGUUUAGACCUAGAUGAAGCAGAUGAUGUGAUGGAGCAAAGCUCCCUUUUCGACGUCAGAAUAAGAGAUAGCGAUAGCGUAUUACCAAACGCCAACACCGCCGACCAUAAUAAUACCAAUAGCGGUGGAGAGCCUAUAAAUAGUAGCGUUGCGUCAAAUGACAUAAUAGAAGAAAAAUUCUAUGAUGAACAAGGUAACGAAUUAUCACCACGAAAUUAUUAA